GCCGCCAGUUUCGAAUCAGACGUCGGUGGCGACAAGCGCGAGCAAGCAAGCAGCGCAUGCUUAACCGUAACGUCAAGCCACAAAACUGGCAUCUGAAACCUUCGAAUUUGCAACAAUCGAUCAAUAAUAGAGCCGAGAACAUAGCCUCGAGCGCUCGUCGAUACACUGCGUCAAUUGCAACCCUCAAUUGGUUUGCGCCCGGCAAAUGAUCCUGGCAGUGUGCCUUCGAGAUUGGCUGCUACAACCCUCCGAGUGAUUUCGGAAUUCAAACGAUUUCUGCGAUCGAGACGUAAAGUCGUAAAGGGAUUUUAGUAGAACUUGUUUAGUGCAAGGAGCUGCGAAGGCUUUUGAACAAUCAAUCACAAGUGCAUCUCGAAACAGAAUUUCUCCUUGCGUUUUUGUCCGAAGAUCUUCUGCCCUGAACUUGACUACUGGACUUAAGGACGAUUCGACGACGGCGUUCAAGGCGAACUGAAAACUAUUUACGUCCACGCUUUGAACUACCAACAGACGGGGCAGUUGUUGAUUCGAAUAUCCGAAGGCGCUAAAGCGCCAAGGAACAACGAGCAACAGACUUCAUCUCGGCGUGACGCAUUCGCGGACCAGACUGUCGACUGAGGGAUUUGCCGUCCGAAGCGUUGAUAUGAAGGAUCCGACGACGAACGGACAUGUGGAGGUCAAUGGCAAGGAGCUGAACGGCAAGCAUUUACUCUCAAGCGAGAAGGACGCCGAGGUUGCCAAGGACGCCAACCAUGGGGAAGAAAUUGACGCGGUCCAGAGCGCCAUGGGCAGCUUUGGAAGGUGGCAGCUUCUCGUGUGCCUCGCAAUUUCACUCGUCAAAUUUCCGGUCGCCUGGCAUCAGUUGGGCAUCGUUUUUAUGGCACCCCAACCAAAAUUCGAAUGCAUUGCUCCGAACGGUACAGUCCAUAAAGACAACUGCUACGUCAACGUUUCCGGCAUCCAGGAACCUUGCACUCAAUGGGAUUAUGACAAAAGCGUUUUCCCGGAGACUAUAAUAACGCAGUGGGAUUUGGUCUGCGGUCAAUCGUUUUACGCAGACACUUUGCAGUCUCUUCUCAUGUUCGGCGUUCUUCUGGGUAACAUCGUCUUCGGUAGCUUGGCAGACAGGUAUGGCCGGAAAAAACCUCUGGUCGGUUCCGUGGUGCUUCAGCUGGCUGCUGGAAUCGGAUGUGCAGUGGUUCCCUGGUUUCCUGCUCUCCUCUUUCUGAAGCCGCUCAGCGCUUUUGCUACCGGAGGAACAAUGGUCACCAGCUACGUAAUUUGUAUGGAGAUCGUAGGCACAAAAUGGCGGUCCCCCAUUACGGUUCUCUAUCAAAUCCCUUACAGUUUGGGCCACAUGACGUUGGCGGGUCUUGCCUACGGGUUCCGACACUGGGAACACCUUCAAAUAGCCAUGACCGCACCGUCGAUAAUUCUCUUAGGCUAUUGGUGGGUUGUGCCUGAAUCACCCAGGUGGCUUCUUGCCAUGGGAAGGCAGAAGGAAGCGUGUACGAUCCUAAAAAAAGCUGCCAAACUCAACAAAGUCAAGGACAGUGACAUCCCAGAUAUGGUCAGAAGACACUGCCUUCAUCAGAACUCGAAAAAUACAGCACCCAACUACAAACCAUCCUUCCUGGACCUCUUCAGGACACCUAACAUGAGGAAGAAAUCAAUCGCGAUAUUCUUCAACUGGAUGAUCUGUGGAAUGGGACUCUUUGGGAUAUCUCAAUACCUGGGGCAGGUUGGCGGAGACAUAUUCGUGAACUUUGCUGUGUCUGGUGCCACGCAGAUACCAGGAAACAUCGUAUCCUUGUGGGCGAUGAGCGCCCUGGGCCGAAAGACGACCCUCAUUUCCAGCAAUACAAUGACCGGAAUCGCUAGUCUGAUGCUCAUAGCCGUACCUAAAGAGAUCACUUGGCUCAGGCUAGUCUUAGCCUGUUUCGGUAUCGUUGGGAUGUCAGUUUCAUUCACGACUGUUUACCUAUUUUCCGGCGAGCUUUUCCCUACGGUCGUUAGGAACAUCGGUGUGGGAACGAGCAGCAUGUGCGCGAGAAUAGGAUCGAUGGUUGCUCCCUUCGUCGUCUCUCUGGGUCUGAAAGAGAGCAGAGCAUGGAUGCCUCCGAGCGUUUUUGGAAUACUUCCACUUCUCGGUGCAUUGUUCUGCUAUUACUUGCCCGAAACUGCUGGGUGUACUUUGCCUGAAACCCUCGAGGAUGGCGAGAACUUUGGAAAAAAAAUUGAAGCUCCAGAAAGGCGAAAGGAGGCGGAAGCCGAAGCUGCUUUAUGAUGGAAGACUGUUAAUUAAUGAUUAAUGAUAAAUGAAUAAACAAUUUUAGGACGAAAAAGAAGAAAAGAAGAAAAGGAAUGAAUGAAGAAUCAAAAAAAAAUACGUCUAAGAAAGUAUAACGAGACCGAUUCAUAAUUAGAU